ACGAUCGCAAGUCUGAGUUUGAAUUCACUUUUACCGUAUGACCGUCUUUGAGCAAGUCAGGGAAAGUAAUGGGUUUUCGAUUUUUAUAACCAACAAUUGUUUUUCAGUCACCCUGAAAACGGCUUUGUGCCACUUAAAUUCAGAGCCUGGCAUAAAGAAAUGAAUAGAUCGUUGCUUUACUUCUCUUUUAUAGGCUAUUUCACGAAUAGGUAAUAAACAGAGUCUGAGAGUAGCAAAGUUGUUUGUAAAAUCAACAUUUUAUAGGCUACCUUGAGGAUUUUUCAAUCUUGAAUAGAUUUUCUUCUGUUAAAAUUGUAGCGUGUGGUAGUGAUCCUUGAAUUAGAAUUGAUUGUCUGAGUAAUAAUAUUAAGAAGAGUGUCGCAAUCACAAUCAAAUGAAAAAAAUAGUUCAAAAAUAAACUACAUUCAAUCAAUAGAAAUAACAAUUUAUAAUUAUAAAACUUAAUUAAUCAAUUAAUACGUUAAUCAGAAUCUAAACUCCUGACAAUCUAUCUAUUCAUGCGAGAUGCAAAUCAACUUAAUAAAAUUCUAGAUUAAAAACAAUCCACAUUGUGAUGAAUAUUAAAAUAACAGUAGUGGAAGAUUAUUGGUCAUGCAAAAAUCCUUCUACUUCAACGUACUUCAAUUGAUUCUCCCAAUAUUAAAAACUAGAAGCAAAGUCAUUAUUCUUUAUUGAAGUCUUUCGGCAGCUCAGGAUGAACAACUUAAUCUCAAUGAUUGUAUAAAUAUUAAUUAGGUCACUAGAAUUUUAUAAGAUUAUCUUCAAAUAUUGUUAUUUGUUCAUGUAUGCUUUGUUACUGGUAACAAAGUGUUACAGUAUUAACAAACUGACUAAAACGGUUUCAAAUUUUACCGUUUCGCAGUAUUGAAAAAAACUUCCGUAAAAUACGAGUAUUGUGUCAACGAAAGAAGUGAAACUGACCUUGAAAUACAUACAAAAGUGUACUAAGGAUCUAUGUGACGUUACUAUACUCGAAGUGAUUAUUACAAGAAUUAUUGAUGACAUCUGAAAACUACGAAAUUUGUUUGAUGACAUUGGAUGCGAGUCGAGUUUUCUCCAAGCCGAGAGCGGAAAAUUGGUUCCAUAAAGGAGCAUGAAGUACAUUGAAGCUCUUUACAUUCUGGUCGCUCUCGGCUCAGCUCUCGCCCGGCCUCAAUCAGAAGGCAGGGCGAGUCGACUCGAAGACGACUGGCGUCCAAUGUCAAACUAUCACUAUGUCAGACCAGUCUACAGGCCUGACCCUCCUCUAUCAAGGGAGAGCAAGAACCAGCAAAUCCAUAACGACACCGGAAGCAGUAAUGGAACAGCACAAGGAGCUCCCAAUGCUGAGUCAGCAAGGCAUGUUCCAACAACUGCCACUCCCAUUGGUGAAUCUCUUAAGAUGGUCACAAAGCAACUCCUCCAAUCACCGACCGCCACAGAUAUGGUUGUCACUGAUGUGAGAACACCUCCAAAAAUCAAGACUCAACAGUUGAAGCUUGAGGCAGAGCUGGUUUCCGGUAAAGGUGAAGCAGUUCCAGUUCCACUGGACGAGAUCCAUGCCUAUGAAAUCAUCACAAAUUCUCCAAAAUCGACCGAAUCUCCAAAAAGCUCAUCCAUGACCCCGCCCACAACACAAGCAGGGAUUUCAACAUGGGUGCUUCUUAGUGGAUCUGCAAGCACUACACCUACAACUGUCAGGAAAGCUCCUCCAAAACCCACCGCUUCCAUCCAAGCUGUCUCGAAUCCUCUGGGCAAGAAGAAAACAAAACCAACAACUGAAAGUAGUGCAACAACCGUUGUGAGUGACUCUGCCAAGUCAUCAAGUGACAGUAAAUUGAAACCUACCAAUGAGCAUUUAAAACAAACUCUCAAUUCAACAAAGAAAUUCCAGUCAAAUUCGAGUAAAGAGGAGACUGUCAAAACACCUAUCACAAUAAACCUACAGGAUAGUAGAUUCAGGAAUAAGACACCUGUAACCAUGGGACGUGUACCUACAACAUCCAUUACAAAGAACAAGACUGAGUAUGUGUCAAGUAAAAAGAAAGUGAAUGCUACAACACCCACACCAACUGCAACUCUAGAAGUGAAGAAUGAUUCAAGUUCUCAUAAUGAAACCAUUCAAAACCGCAAGAAACCAGUUGCAAGCUUGCCAGCAUCCCUUGACACUCCUACCACAAUCACAAUAAUCCCAACAGCAAUCAGCUCUAUGAAAAGAGUGCCAGUCUAUCACCAUGACAUCCCAGUAGUUCCCACCACAUCAGUUAUUAUUGAAACAGAAUCAGCUGACUAUGAUCCUGAUGAAAUAACAACUGAGGACUUGAUUACAACCACCAAAAGACCAAGGAGGCCUGCCAACAAGAAGAAGAGGAAACCAGGCAACAAGACCAAGAAACGACCUGCAAUUCAGAAUGCUGAGACUGAACCUUUAAAGGAAGAUGUGCUUGAGAGCAAGGUGACAAUCGAUGCAAAUGCUACAAAGUCAGCUAUAGCAACCCAUGGAUCUUCUCCAGCAAGACCUCUAUCAACAAGAAUCUACAACUACUUGGCCAGAGAAGUGAUGCCUAGUGUGGGAGUUGGGAUUGUUGGUCUAGUGCUCACAGCUGGCCUGGCUGGACUCUUCCUGUACCCAUUUGGAGGUGGAGUUGUAGCUAGGAGAAAUGCAUAUGAACCAGCCAAGAAUCCACUGGCCUCACCAGAUAGUCACAUGUAUUACUACAAUGAAUACUCGCCCAAAAAUGAGCCUGACAAUGGACAAGCUGAGGAAACAGUUUUUGGACAGGUUCUCUCAGGAAUGUCACAGUCUGAAUCUCAAUACAGUGAUUCUAUUUCAAAGAACUCAGCAAACACUUACAAUCACAACAUGAAUGCAAACAGCAAUGUGAGUCCUGGUAGUAAAUACAGAUAUGAUCCAGGUCCCAGUAGUGCAGGAGCACCAACUAUUGUUUAUCCAACAAAAGAUUCAAAGUACACCUCAACUGGAAGUGCUGAUAUCAGCUCGAUUGACAGGAAUAGAGACAGCUCUGGUGCAUAUUCCACUCUGACAGACAUUGAUUCAGCACAUAACGAUAGAAACUAUCCAUCACUUACAACAGACAACCCUGAUCUGUCUCAGUUCUCUGGUAGUCAGUACUCAAAUCUCGUGGGAAGCUCCAGUGCAACUCAGUUUACAAGUUCAGGCAGCUCUGGUAGUUCAGGAAUAUAUGUGGGAAGCAUCAUGAACCCAGAUACAAACUUCACCUACUCUGAGAUGGUUGGCAGCUCUUCUAUGAAGGCAUCAGACACAAACCAACACUAUUCCAGCAUGGUUAGCAGUCCAACUGUGUUGACAGCUUCUGACAGCUCCAACACAAUUCCUCAGUAUUCCAGCUUGAUUGCUUCACCAACCACAUCAAACACUGAAAAUGAUGGUGCACAAUACUUGAGCCGAUUUGCAAGUUCUUCUUCAAGCUCCAACUCCAGACCUCAGUAUUCAAGUUUGAUCAGCAGUUCAGCUAGUCCUCAAUAUUCAAGUGUUGUGGACUCUUCAGGCAAUGGACACUACUCUCCUAGCAUGAAAGAUUCAUCAAGUGGCAGUCAUUACUCGACAAACAUGAAGGAUUCCUCUAGCUCACACUUUUCUCCUCAAAUUUCUGACUCAUCAAAUUCAAAGUACUCCCAGCUGACAGGAAUCUCCAUUGAAACAUCGAAUGGCAAGUACUCCAGUAGCCAUUCCCCAACACACAGCUCCAAAUACCAGGCAAGUGAGUACACAGCAUACAGCAAUCCAUCAGACAUUGGAACACCAGGAGGGAUGUACACUGUCGGUUCAAGCUCUUCAAGCUCAGAAAGGGAAAAUCAUCGUCCCCCAAGUGUGAGAUACUCUGAUUGGGAGGGUUCUUCUGAACAGAAAGAUGUACCAUCAAAAGAAGAAGACAAGUCAGAUAAGAGUCAACCACAGUUCGCAGCAGUCCAUUCAUCACAAUUUUCAGCCCCAUCAAGGACUGAAACUGCAUAUCCCAGUGGUAUUGACAUGAUUUCAAUAACUGGACCCAACUACAGUGUUGGAUCAAGUAGUGAGAGCAGACGUUCCAACAUUGGCGUUGAGCAUGGACCAAGAAAUAUGAAGAUCAGAAGGCGAAGGCAGAUUCCAUCUCACAAUGAAAUCGAUGGUGAUUUACCCAAAGAUGAGCCUGAGUUCAUAUCAACCACUACAAAAUACAUGGAGAACAAUCAAGAGUCAACAACUCAAUCAGGUGCAAGCACAAACAGUCCCACAACAACUGAGACAGAUACAACAACUUUUGUGAGUGCUGACAGGAAUGAAACACUGAAUGAAACUGUUGUUGAGUCAGAGAAGAAUGUUCAGAACAUUGAUGAUGAUGACUCUGAAUUGACAACAUCAAAGCCUCAGGAGGAUGGGUCAUUUCUAAGUGUCAUCAGAAGGAUAGCUCAAUUCAAAUUCAAACUUGGUCUGACCUUGUUGAGGAGCACAUCAAUGGCAGUUUCCAGAUACUUUCAGUCCGUCCAGCGUCGCAUGGAAAAAGUCAUAAGGCGUCUGGAAAAAAGGGCAAAAGAGGCCGAACAACAAAGAAAAUCGAAAAAUGAAAAGUCCAUAGAAAGGAGAACGAAGAGGGAGGCGAAAAGUCAUAGGAAAUCCAAGAAAACUUACAAGAAGAAAAAUAUUAAAACAUAAAAAUUUUGGUGGCAGUGUUAGUUUGUCAGUCAACCUUCAACAUUAAGUCGACCACAGUUGCUCUCAUGUUGUACUGUACAGAAUAAUGAGAUAAACCGUACUUGAUAUAAUGUUCAAAUUGAGUUUGAUAACUGCAUCAAAACCAAAGUCAUACAAAGCUUGUUCCAUAAUGAAAGAAGCUCUAAUGAACUCAAAUAAGUUUGAAUUGAAAUAAGCAAGAAUAUUCUAGUUCAUCUGAAUAUAACUGCCACAUGAGCGUCAAGAGCUUCUCCAAGUCCAAAUAACCAAUAAUAUAAGAGGUAACUUGUGUUACCUCUUAGGUAAUUCUCUUAGGCUAUUCGAGGUAACUUGAAACAGGUACUUAAUUCAGUGAUAACAUAUUAUUCGUAAAAAAUAAUAAUUGAUAUUAUUGAUAAUUAAAGUCUCCUUCAAAGACUCAAACGCAAAAGACCAUUAUAAUUUAUUACUUAUGUAAUCAGUUCUGUUUUGAACAAACCACAAUUAUUAUUGAGUUUUGGCAAAUGCUCAUAGGCAAGCCAUAAAAGCUUGGUGAACUGAACAUUUGUCUAUUGUCCACUCACAGAAGGAAUACUUCCUAUUUAGUUUAGCAAUUUUUUUUUAUAAGUGAGAGUUGAAUGAUAAAAAUGUAGGCUAUUCUAUUUCAUGUAAAAUGAAGGCCUAAGUGAAAUAAUAUCAUAAUAAGAUAAUCUGAUAGAGCACCUCACGCUACACUCCAGAUUAAGGAUAUAGGGUACACUUCAUUUAUACUUCAAGUGUUGAAGAAGGAUUAUUGGAGUUAAAUUCAAGUCAAUUAAGUAUUAUUCACGAAGGAUGGAUUGGAUAUUAUUCAGAGAAGAAAACCAUUCUAUUCACAAGACACAACGUACAACAUUCACAAGAUAUUUUGUAUAAAAAUGCACAUCAGUAUAGCUUUCUGCUGUAAUCGUUUUGAAAAAUGCACUUUUUUCUCAUUUUGAAAUAGAAAAUAAGAAAAGUGCAAAGGAGGAUAAUUAUCACUAUCAUUCACACAUACUUCGUCAUUCUGAUAUUUUCUUUCAUAUCUCAUCUUAAACUUGAGUGAGAUUUAUUUCAUUCAAAAAAGAUCAUGCUCAUUUAUUUUCUGAAAAUUUCAAGUGUUGAGGUUUUAAAAUUUAUAUAAUAUGAAUACAUGAAUAUCUCCUCCACAUGAUUAAUUUUUCCGCUACCAAUAGAAUGAAUUUACUUGAGGAAAAACGAGUUAAUUUAUUUUUUGUCGAGUUUGUACUGCAGCCAAAGCUCUAUUCCAUUCAUGCUCAUCUAUCCAGCUCAUUUAUUGAUAUUCUUCCUUAUCCUAAAUAAUCUAGAAGUUCCAUAACUAGGCUAUUCUUAAAAUAUAACUCAUCAACUUUAACUACAAUUACUGUCCUCUUAUUCACAUUUAUAUUUCCAGUGUGAAUGACUGCGAUAAUUGAAUUGAGACUGAAAUGAGUUUUUCUGGAAGGUCAUGUACAUAGACUUAUUAGCUUUAGAUUACUAUAAUUUAAUUAUCAUCCACUUCAAGUGCUAAGUAAAGUAAGAACUCACUGCAAUUGUUUGAUAGUAAUAUUUUAGUACCUACUGUAUAUUAUCAAUGAGUCAGGAGCUUAUAACUUAGAAGGCUCACUUUGUUUGCAAAUAUUUUGAUGAUAUUUCAUAGCCAAUGAGGAAUCCAAUAAAAUAUUUUUGUUAUAAUGUAUUAUGUCAAAUACUAUAAACAGUUGAACAGUUGUAUACUAUUUAGAGUUGAACGGUUUCAUUUCAAAAUUUUGUAUUGAAUGAUAUUCUUCACAUAUCUUCUAUGAAACUCUCAAAACUAUUCUCUCAACAUUUUUAUUUAUCCAUUAACCAUUGCAUUAUUGCCUUUAUUUGUAAAUCACAACAUCGUCACCACAAUAAGAAUAUUCAUAGCUGCUUCUAUUUUAAUCUCGUUAAUAA